UGAAACAAGAUGUCCUCAGUAUGCUGAUGAAAUGGGAAGGGGAAUCCUGCCUUGCAAACCAGCCACACUGGCCUCAGAAAUUUCCCCAGAGCUGCAAAGAAAUCAAGAACUCCUCGCCACAAGGGACCACAGAUGGAUUGUAUUUCCUGUCCACGGAAGACGGAGAGAUCUACCAGACCUUCUGUGACAUGACCACCAAUGGAGGGGGCUGGACUUUGGUGGCCAGCAUCCACGAGAACAACAUGUAUGGGAAAUGCACUGUGGGCGAUCGCUGGUCCAGCUAG